AUGGCGCACCCCGCCCGGGCCGAGUUCGAUGCGCCGAUUGCCAAGGCAAAUGCCGCGAGCACCGUGGUGGCGGAAAAAUCUUCGGUCGCUGACGGAGAGGCCAAUGAGGCAUCGGACGACAUAGGGGGGGACAAGACGAUCAUCGUCAACGGCCGGCGUCUGCCCCUGUGCGGAGGCGCCGAAAUGGGCGAUCUGCUCGGUCAUCAGCCGUCUUCCGGCCUAUUCCCUGAUCCUGCGCACCGCACCGGGAGCGAUGCCGCCCGCACCCCGAAGGUUCCGGUCGGUUCGCCGCCGCCUGUCUUGGGCAAGACCCGUUUCGGCAUGACGAUGGGCGGUGAUAUCGCGCUACCGGGCGGCGACCCGUCCGUGGCGAUCGAGGCGGGGGCGCUGCCGGGCGGAGCGCGAUCCUAUGGCUGGCGCGUUGUCGGCCGAUCAUGCGGCGGCGCUGAACUGUCUGCAGAUGUUUUGCGGCGCGAGCGAAUUGACGCAGGCGCCCCGCAUGUCGGCGACGGCGCGCGAUCCGUACACGGCCGCCGCCGAAUAUGCGAUGCGCGAUACCUCGCCGCCCAAGGGUUCGCCCUGUUCGAUCAGGGGCGCUGCGGAGGCAUUGCCCUGUUUCCGGAUGCGGUACGUCGGCUCACCGAUCAUAAUGGCGGCGAUGAGGCGGCGCUGUUUGUCGCCAAAUUGCUGCUGGCGGGCUUUGGCGACGGUGAUGAGAAUGAUCGCGCGAUAAAGUCGCUGAAACGCGCGGCGCUGACCAAUUAUGUCGAGCGGCUGCACUGA